UUUUUUUUUUUAAUUUGCAAACCCUCGAAUCGAUCUACAAGACUCACUCCCUCUGCCGGCGCCGUCCGCACUCACUGCUUCGCCAUUGCCGGCUCCUCCGCCUCGCUGCCUCUCUUCCACCACAUCAGACAUCGAUUCGGACAUUGUCGGUCGCGCCGCAGGGUUUCGCCGAUCUCCCUCUCUCUCUCUCUCUAACCGUCGGCUCUGGAUCCGUUUCGGUGAAAUCAGGCAAUGGAAGGAGUAAAGCUCUCGUUUCCAGCUGAAAGCCCUCCGCUUUCUGUUAUCGUGGCUGUCUCUCUCUCAGCUUCUCCGGUAACCUCCGAUGCCUCAUCUGCCGUCACCGUUCCUACCUUCGUCUUCUCCGACGGGCGCAAAUUGAGUGGGACGUCUGUUUUACUGCGUUACAUUGGUCGAUCUGCCAAGACCAUUCCCAGUUUCUACGGAAAUGAUGGCUUUGAGGCUGCCCAGAUUGAUGAGUGGGUAGAUUACACGCCUGUAUUCUCAUCUGGUUCGGAGUUUGAGAGUGCCUGCAGUCGCGUCGACAAGUACCUUGAGAGUCGUUCUUUUCUCGUCGGGCAUUCUCUUUCCAUUGCUGAUGUUGCUAUUUGGUCAGCUCUUGCCGGAACUGGCCUAAGAUGGGAAAGUUUGAGGAAAUCGAAAAAGUAUCAGAACUUGGUUAGGUGGUUUAAUUCGAUAUUGGACGAGUACAGUGAUUCCCUCAACGAGAUCCUUUCAAGAUACCUUGUGAAAAAAGGCUCAGGAAAGGCAGCAGCGGCGGCUAAGCCCAAAGUGCAACAACCUGUGAAUGCAGAUGGUUUAGAUAAGGGAAAGCCAAGCACCCGUACCUCAAACGAAGUUGAUCUGCCUGAUGCUGAAGUUGGAAAGGUUCGACUUCGGUUUGCUCCAGAGCCAAGCGGCUAUCUUCACAUUGGUCACUCCAAGGCAGCACUGCUAAACAAGUAUUUUGCUGAGCGUUACCAAGGUCAGGUGAUUGUGCGGUUUGAUGAUACCAAUCCUGCAAAAGAAAGCAACGAGUUUGUUGAGAAUCUUCUGAAGGAUAUCGAGACUCUGGGUAUUAAGUACGAGAUUGUGACAUACACCUCAGAUUAUUUUCCCGAUUUGAUGGCAAUGGCCGAAAAGUUGAUCCGUGAAGGUAAGGCCUAUGUUGAUGACACUCCUCGAGAACAGAUGCAGAAAGAGAGAAUGGAUGGCAUUGAAUCAAGAUGUAGGAAUAACAGUGUUGAGGAGAAUUUGAAGCUCUGGAAGGAGAUGAUUGAGGGAACUGAGAGAGGUUUACAAUGUUGUGUUCGUGGGAAACUAGAUAUGCAAGACCCUAACAAAUCUCUCCGGGAUCCAGUCUACUACCGGUGCAAUCCUAUUCCUCACCACCGUAUUGGGUCUAAAUAUAAGAUAUACCCUACCUACGAUUUUGCUUGCCCAUUCGUUGAUUCUAUAGAAGGUAUUACGCAUGCCCUUCGGUCUAGUGAGUAUCAUGACCGUAACGCGCAGUAUUACAGAGUUCUAGAGGACAUGGGCCUGCGAAAAGUCCAAAUUUAUGAAUUUAGCAGGUUAAAUUUGGUGUAUACUCUUCUAAGCAAGCGCAAGCUUCUCUGGUUUGUCCAAAAUGGCAAGGUCGAUGGAUGGGAUGAUCCCCGUUUUCCAACUGUUCAAGGAAUUGUCCGUAGGGGUUUGAAGAUCGAGGCACUGAUUCAGUUCAUUCUUGAGCAGGGGGCAUCGAAGAAUCUAAACUUAAUGGAGUGGGACAAGUUGUGGUCUAUUAACAAGAAAAUAAUAGAUCCAGUCUGCCCCAGGCAUACCGCUGUGGUCGAAGAGCGACGUGUGUUGUUGACAUUGACGGAUGGGCCUGAUGAACCCUUUGUCCGUAUAUUACCGAGGCACAAGAAGUACGAAGGGGCUGGAGAAAAGGCUACCAAAUACAGUAAGAAGAUUUGGAUCGAGCAAGCCGAUGCCAUGGCAAUCUCAGUGAACGAAGAAGUAACUCUGAUGGACUGGGGAAAUGCUAUAGUGAAGGAAAUCACCAAGGACGAUGAUGGGCAUGUCAUAGCGUUAACCGGCGUUCUCCAUCUCGAAGGAUCUGUCAAGACUACAAAGCUGAAGCUCACGUGGCUUGCUGACUGCAAUGAAUUGGUUAACCUCUCACUAAUGGAGUUUGACUAUUUAAUCACCAAGAAGAAGCUGGACGAAGGAGAGGAUUUUGUCGACGUGGUGAAUCCGUGCACAAAAAAGGAGACAGCGGCACUCGGCGAUUCCAAUAUGAGGAAUCUGAAACAGGGCGAUGUGCUGCAGCUUGAGAGGAAGGGCUACUUCAGAUGCGAUGCGCCUUUCGUUAAAUCGGCGAAGCCAAUUGUGUUGUUUGCCAUUCCAGAUGGCCGGCAACAGACAUUGGCGAAGUGAUGAUGUUUAUUUGUUUCCGUUACUACGAAAUAUUUAGAACGGCCCAUUCUGAUGAUGUUUAUUUGAACUUGUGAUGUGUCUUUUUGGUUUAUAAUAGGAUGAUUUUAAGAAAAGCAAGUAUUUUUUUUUUAACUU